AAAAGCAGCAGGAAGAUGUAAACAUGAGCUGCUGCUGAACGUCACAAGACAGCAACACAGUUUCUCGUUGUUUCAGAUGGUGGUUUGGAAAAUGGUGCAAUGCCUUGGCCGCCGUUCCCAUCCCUCUAAGUCUGUCAAUUAGUGAUAAUGGACCCCAUCGGCAGAGAGAGGCCACUCCCUCGCUCCUUCUACCCUCCCUCCUUCACACUUUCUCUCUCUCUGCCCGUCUUUCUUUCUACCUCUCAGUCAGUAGUAAUGGAGCCCAGCAGUCCAAAGAAGAUCCAGUUUGCUGUGCCUCCCCUGCAGGGACAGAUUGACCCACAGGCUGCUGAACAUAUCCGCCGCAGGAGACCGACCCCGGCCACCCUGCAGAUCUACAGACAACCUGGGACAGAUGUUGGAGAUCAACAAAACACCAGCGGGGAGCCACAGGCGUCAGACGCCGCUCAGAGGAAGCAGAGCACAUACGCCCCCCCAUCAAUGAAAGACCUUGGGCUGGGGGUGGAGCAACAUCUCCUGGGGGAGGGGCUCAGUGAAACAGACAGCCAGCUGAGCCCAAUCACAGCGCAACUGUAUGCCACUGGUUCCAUGUGGGCCAAUCACAAUCAGCCAGAGGAAGCCAAUGGAAAUGAGGCGUGUUUGCUGUUAACCAAUCAGGAGAGAGGCGUGGCAGAGAGCAACAGCUCAGGCGGUAAACUGGAAAGAACUGUACCUGAGGAAGAAGAGGGAGCCAUCAGGGAUGACUGAUCACCACCAGCAGCAAAGACACUUCAGCACAGAAGAAGCAGGCAUAGAUCUUGAAGCUUGGAAACAUCAAGAUGAACGCCUACAUCAAAUCAAAUAUAGUACUAACAUGACAGGGAAUCUAUCAGAGUGAUAGCUCACACAGUGUUACAAGAGAAAAUCUUUUUUUUUUUUUUAUGUGAGCAUGUAAACAAACUGUACCUGCUGAAGUAUCUCACCAUCAUGUUCUACACACAAACUAUCAGUUUACACACUUAUUGUUCCAACCCUUCCAUCUGUAUCAGUCAGCUUAUUCUGAGAGACAGCACACAAUCAAAAUGGUGUACUGCUUCUAUUCACCCUUUCUAUUCUUACAUUGUGAAUUGUUUCAUUUCUAAUCUAUAUGACAAUUAGGCAAAUACCAUUUAAAAAGUGACGGAAAAGAAUUUGAGGCUGUAAGUUUACAGCUUUUAGACUUUCCUUAAGUUUAGGAUAUAAAGUGUGCAGUUUUAAUUGUUUGCCAAUUAGCUGCUUUCUACAACGGGAUAGUCACAUUAGCUAGCUAUAGCAGUUAGCUAAACUUACAAAGGUCAAAGAUUUGAAAGAAAUUUAGAAAAUAAUUCUUCAACUGAUAAAAUAUUAAUAUUUUCAUUUUAUGUAUAAGAAACAGAAACCGUAAAAAGCUUAAUGAAAAUAGACACUUAAAAAUGUUUUUCUCCCACUUCCAGUUUUAAUGACACAUUAGCUUGAGCUAAUAUUAGUUUAAUUAGCAGGGAGAGUGGGGUAAAAUGAGCCUUUUUUUCGUUUUACUUAUGUUGUUAUCUAGGCAUGUACAAAUGACAUGUGACUGUAACAAAAAUGCUUAUCUUUAUUUCAGGAUGUCUUCUUUCAGCUGAAAUGCAAAGUAUCACAUGAGGAAAAAAUUGGUCCUGUGGUUCUAUUUGUCCUGGUAAACUGGUAUUUGUCCUGGUAACCUGACCGCCUCCAGAAGCUCCAGUCUAGAACUUCCUACCAACACAGCAAUUUUCUUCCCAGAAUUUAGGGACAGAGAUUCUGUUUGUCUCUGCUAAUUCAAAAGGUAAUUUAUAACAUUUUUAAAGUCAGGCUAUGAAAGCAGUGUGGGCUACCUUAGCCUAGCUUAGCAAAUCAAAUGUAUGCCAUACAUGUAGAUGAUUUCCCAUCUACGUGUGUGAUGUGCAUUUUAAGAGCUAGGCAAAUUUGCUCUCAAGUCCUUACAGCUGAAAUGUUAAGCAAAAAUUUACGUUGACAUUCAAAACGCCUUUUUUUUUAAGAAAAAGAAAAAAUAACUAAAACUAACAAAUUUGUCACACCUAAAAGAUACUUUAGUAAAAUAAACAAAGUGGUCAGACCUUAACAGGAAAUGAAUCUGUAAAUGAGUGUUUGAAAUAUGAAAAGGAAAGAUACAUAUCAAUUAGAUUGGGAUUUGGGUCACGUUUCAAAAAUACUGUAUUUAGCCCCAUUUAAUGAAUGGAAACAUCAAAGUCUGCUGUUGAGUGAAAGCCACCGAUGUUUGUGUUCUGACUUACUAUGAAACUAGAAUGAAUGAAAAUGUGAUUCAUAAAAGACUCAGUUUAUGUUGUAUCUAACAUUUCUAUUUUAAGGUUUUUAUUUGUAAGCAUAUGCCAUACAUGUAGAUGAUUUCCCAUCUACACUUUUUUUUAAUACUUCUAAAAAAAAAAAAAAGUAUUUUUUUUCCAACCGACUGUCCUGGAUAAUUUCUACCAUUCUUAAAUUGGUGUUGGGGUCGUACUUUGGGAAACCCUGCUGUCGUGUUUUCUAAUUCAGAUAAGAUGAACAAUAUGUUAUCAUAUUGUACCUUUGCUAUUUCUACAUCAGGCAGUGAUAUUUAACUGACUCAAUGUUUUUACACAAACUAUUUUUAAUAAGAGCUGAUUCACCAAGAUAAUAUUUUGAACAUACAAUGUACAAGCGCUGUUUUUGCGUCUUAGUAAGAGUUUCAAUAGAGUGCCCCCUGCUGGUUUCUGCCAGACAGCAGGGCUCUUUCUGGGUUGGAUUAGUUUUUAGCUCUAUUUUUUUUUGUACCCAGGGUGUAGCUACACUCUUCCGCAGAGAUAUGUACCAUCUGCAAAUGGUUUUAUAGUUUUUAUUUGAAAGAAACUAACAUGCAAGAGUGAAAACAAAAAUGCUCAAAAUGAGUUUUGGCAAUCAUCAAAAGUGUUGUUUUGGUGGAUUUGUGUUGAAUUUUUUUUUUCUUUUUUAAUUUAUUUUUGGUUUCUUCUGACAAUACAUAAAUUUGAUGUUUUCAAGUUAAAACGUUAACAAGUCAGACUGACAACAGACUGUAGUCUGUGGAGGAAGCUACACAUUAGGGUGAUGGUGGUGAGACACUUUCCCACAUUAAACCUGGAAACUCCUCACCAAACAUGCAUUGAGUCAGAAUACAAGUUAAAACAAGUUAGAAACAUGAACUAUUUGUGUUCAGCUGGAAGUGGCUGUUUUCUCUCAUUUAAUAAUUUAAUGUGGUAAAAAUUCAUGAAACAUUUGAUUCAAGCUCUUCAAGUAGCCUGUAAACGUGAUGAAAUGAAUCACAUUUUUAAGUAAUAAUUUGAUAUUUAAAAUAUUUCAGGUAAUAAACAUACAUGUAAUGAAAGAUUAUAUUUUUAAAGAAAUAAGUUAUGUGAUUAAAGUAAACAAUUAUAUAAUCAGAAAUUUUGCAGUAAACAUUUAAUGUAAACAAUCAAACCAGAUGAAAGAGCCCGUCUUUAAACAUUUAAUGUGUAACUACACAGUUUAGAGUAAACAAUAAAGGUGAAAGUUAUGAAAUAGAUCACACUAAGGAAAUAUUUGUUGUAUUUAACAUAUUUCAGGUAAGAAGUGAACAUGUAAUGAAAUAGAUCCUGUCCUAGAAUUUGAUAUAAUUUAACAUUACAGGUAACAAAUGUGAUGAUCAUAUGAGGUAAUACAUUUUAUGAACAUUUUCAAAAUAUAAAAUUAGUUAAAAAAGUAAAAGGGUCAAAAUGUAAUAAAGAUGAGUGUGCUUCAUCUACAAUUUCACACUGAUUUUGAUUUAAUGGGGCACAGGAUUUGGAAGCUAUUGAAGAAAACAUUAUUUAAUAUUAAAGUUACUUAAAAUAUCGAAUAUGACUUUAAAUUUUAAUAGAGGAUAUUAUGCCUCGUGUAAUAGCAUGGAUUAUCACUUUUUGUAUCAGUUGGUCACAAGUCAAGGCAUUUAUUUACAGGAGUGUUUGGUUCGGAAAUUGACGGUCCCCAAGUGAACCUCAUAGCGCUAGAGAACAGCUGGCCGGAAUUAGCGUUCAUAAAUCGGAUCUACCUUGAGCUAAACGCCCCUUACUGCGCGGAGCGCGGAUAUCCAAUAUCCAACUUGAAAACAACUUCACUGCGGUCGGUAACACAAUGAAAACGCCGAAAUAGUUUGUUUUGGUAUGUGGCCUUUAAAGAUGGCGCCGAGCGACUGCGCAAGACGUAAACGCAGUGGCGCUGGGUCCAAAGCGCUAUAGAACAGAAUAUAAUAGAAUAUACUUUAUGUACUUAAAGGUUGGACACACAAGCAGCUGCCAUUAACACUCCACAAAUACUCUCUGGUGUCAAACAUACCCUACCAGCCAUGUGCAAUACAAUGCACUCGUGUCAAAGUGUAUCCAAAUCAAAGAUUCCUUCUGGAUGAUUAACUGUUUUUAAUCACUACAUAUUUUGUACUUACCUCUGCUCUACAGGUCAGUACAUCCAUCA